AUGUGGAAGAACAUGCUAGCCAACAACCAGAAAGACAACUCCAGGCAGCAGACGCUCACUGAGUCAUUCCAGAGGCACGGUAAACCUCCAGCAGACAACGCGAAGGGGAUAAGAGAGGACAGAGAGGAAGAGGGACAGUUCGACUCAUCCACCGUGGCCAUGCCCAGCAACAGUGCCAACCCAAACGCCAUCAUGCCACAGCCCAAAACUCCAGGUAAGAGCCACCUGCAGACACCUGCAUCAGCCCCGGCCACCGUAACCAUUCUCAUCAUUCUCAUUCGCUUUGACUCCUUGAAACUUCCACCGUAUGUCCCUGAUAUUCCUGAGCCAACAACCAGAGCAGAGCUGAUGAAAUACUGGAUCCCUCUAUCUCUGGAUGACAGAACAGCACAGAAACUCCUGUGGCUGUCGGAGGGCGGGGCCAAGGUGUCGCGUAUGUCAGAGGAGGUGUGUCCCGUCCUGGACCGACCUGAGCGAUUUGAGCACUCACCACAGGUGCUUUGUAAGGAGGGUUUACUGGGCCAGCGGGGGUACUGGGAGGUGGACUAUGAGGGCUGGGUGGUGAUUGGAGCCGUAUGUGAGAGUGUCGGGCGGAAAGCCCAGGACGGGCCCUGUGGCCUGGGAGAGAAUGAUGUGUCGUGGGGUGUGGGCUGGGCAGGCUCCAGCUACCACGCCUGGCACAACAGUGAGAACACCGAGAUCCACGCCCCCUUCUGUCCCAUCAUGGGCGUGUACCUGGACCAGCCUGCCGGAAUCAUCAAGUUCUUCAUGGUGCAGAGCAGUGAGGAUGGGACCAAAGAGGUCCAACUGCUGCACCACUACAAGACCACAGUGAAGGAGAGGAUCCUGCCGGGAUUCUGGGUGGGCAGGAAGUCCUUCUGCUGGAUCCGAAAGAAGGACCAGUAA